AUUAUAGUGUAUACCAGUCGCAAUGAGUAAUUUCUCUCGUGACUUUUGGGAAAAUUUGGACGCACAAACAAGAGAAGAUUACUUCAGAUAUCCAGGUCCGAAACACGAUGAAAUCGUAACUGAUCGGGAAGUACUUGCUAAGAUCGAGGAUUGCAUAGUUAGACUUUUGAAUGACGUCCGGCAUCUUCAACAACCCAGUCUGCAAUUCAGGUCAAGAUCAACUUGGCAAAAUGUUGAAUACAUACCUGGAGUAGGACUGCAAGUGAAAAAAGAUUGCACUGUGUCACGCAUCUCUCUCUGCAGAAAUAACUCUUGCUAUAAAUUCGGAUUGUGUUUGAAGGUCCUCAGUAUGAUAUACAAGUUAUUACAAAGUAACCAAACAGCUACAAAAAGGGAUUUGUUUUACAAUGACCCGAAGUUGUUCAAAAGUCAAACCACACUGGAUCAUUUAGUUGACGAUAUCGGUUGCAUGCUGGGCGUACCAAGACACAUGCUCCACGUUGUCGCUACUUCAAAGGGCUGCAUAGCCGGCGAUUUAAAACUGACCUGCGAGGAUGGUGAAAUAAUAGAUUGCUCAGAAUCAGCAUCGGGCGUGUCGGUUCCAGUGCAAAUCCAUUCAGUAACUUCCGUCGUGUCGAAAACUGCUAAAUUUAUCCUAGUGAUCGAAAAAGAUGCGACGUUUCAGAGACUAUUGAGUGAGAAUCUUCCCACGAUUUUAUCAUGUAUUAUAAUAACGGGUAAAGGAGUACCAGACGUUAAUACUCGACUACUGACCAGAAUUCUCAGUGAUCGACUCCAUUUACCCGUUCUAGGGUUAUUUGAUUCGGAUCCUCAUGGUAUCGAGAUCAUGUGUGUUUAUCGUUUUGGCUCUCUCUCUCUAGCCUAUGAUUCCUGCAAUCUUGCUGUGAGAAACAUGAAGUGGAUUGGUUUACUGCCAACUGAUGUUAAAAGACUGAAUCUACCGAAACAGUGCCUACUUCCUUUCAGUGGAACAGAUGAACGCAAAUGUAGAGACUUGAUGAAACGACCUUACAUGGCAAGUCAUCCGGAAAUACUGAAACAGGUGAAAGCGAUGGAGGAAUUCAAACACAAAGCAGAAAUUCAGUCUCUUUCUCACAUCUCUUCAACAUUUCUUGGUGAUGUUUAUUUGCCUUUAAAAGUCAAGCAAGGCGAGUGGAUAUGAAAAACCGACCGGUGUCCGAUGCUAAAGUUUUUGAGUUUGUAUUUAGAUGUUCCUCACUGACUGUUGUUUGUUUUUCACCGGCAAAAAAAGCCUUCGUAAAUUAUCGUGUUCCAAGGUACUUGUGAUCUCGCGAACUCAACGAUAUUAAAAAAAAGAAUUUGGUUUUUUUGUAGGUGGUUUAGCUAUAUGCAUCUCUUCUUACU